GUCAUUGUGUGAUGAGAUACGACAAUGAUGUCGAUGAUGAGAUAUGACGUUUGUGUGAUUUUGGUGUGAGAAUCAUGGUGUGUUGGAGGUUAUAUAAUUGCUUUGUUAUAUAUUUUAUUUAAUUGGCUUUUGUACCUUUUAGGAGUAGGUCAUGCCAGAUUGAUCAAAUACAGAGUUAUUAUCUUUCAAGUUUAUAUGAUAUAUAUGUCGCUAAUAUUUUUUCUCUCUUUCAGGUUUGUAUGAUAAAUAUUGACUGAUUUAAUUAUGGCUACAAGAGGAUGCAGAAAUUCAUCAGAUUCGUUUUGUUAUGUGUGUGGAUUCUAUGUUGGACCUAAGCAUGUAUCGCAUAAAAUUGUGAAAGGUGCUAAGUACUGGAUUGCAUAUAGACUGUACUUUGGAAUGAGUAUGGGUGACCAAGAUAAACCAUGGGUCCCUCAUGUGAUAUGUGGAAGUUGUUGGUCAAAUUUAGAUGCAUGGCUGAGAAGUGCACGAAAAUCAAUGCCAUUUGCUGUGCCGAGAGUUUGGCGAGAGCCAAAAAAUCAUGAUGAUGAUUGCAUGAUUGAUAUAUCAAAGUAUAGAAAAGUUAAGGGAAGAAAAUUCCUUCCAUAUCCCAGCCUUCCAUCCUCUAUUGCACUUGUGCCACAUGAUGAUACCUUACUUGUUCCACGGCCUCCGGAAAAUGUAGAGGACAAGAUGGAGGUCUCAGGAGUGUCGGAAGGUUGUGAAGAUGAAGAAACUGAUGAAACAUUUGAGCCAAGAUUGAGGACACGCCCACACUUUCCGAAUCAGCGUGAACUGGAUGACCUCAUCUUAAGAAAUUUGGGUCUCACUAAGUCAAGAGCUGAGCUUUUAGCAUCCAGACUAGAUGAAUGGAACCUGCUGGGGGAGGACUGCAAAUCAACUGUAUACAGGAAGAGCCAUGAAGAGUCUGGAGUGUUUUUCAAUAUUAGUGAUGAUCUCUGCCUUUGUAAAGACAUUAAUAUUAAUAUUAAUGGCUUGUUUUCAGCCACUGGAAUAGAUCACAACUAUGAAGAAUGGCGACUUUUCAUAGAUAGUUCUACAAACAGCCUGAAAGCUGUUUUACUACAUAAUGGGAAUCAGUAUCCAUCCCUCCCUAUAGCAUACUCGGUACACAUGAAGGAAGAAUAUGACAAUGUAAAGAAACUUUUCGAAAAAGUAAACUAUAAUGAGUUUAAAUGGGACAUUUGUGGUGAUUUUAAAAUGCUUGCUUUCUUACUUGGAUUGCAGGGUGGAUUCACCAAGUAUUCAUGUUUUCUUUGUCUGUGGGACACUAGGGUGGAUCAUGAACAUUACCAGAAGGUUGAGUGGCCCCCUCGAGAUGACUUGCAGCCAGAUAAAUGGAAUGUUAUUAGACAACCUCUUGUAAAGCCUGGAAAGGUGUUGCUACCUCUACUUCAUAUAAACAGUUUGUAAAAGCUUCAGAUCGUGGUCGAGAAGCAUUUCAAGAGAUUCGUCUACUCGUUCCUAAUCUAUCACAGGCCAAAGUUCAGGGUGAGAUAUUUACUGGACUGCAAGUAAGAAGAAUGUUGAAGUCAGCACAACUUGAGAAUGCAAUGAGUGAUUUUGAGAAAGAGGCAUGGUGUGCAUUUCGAGAUAUAGUUAAUGGAUUCCUUGGUAACAAGAAAGACCCAAAAUACAAGCAGUUGGUAGGAAAACUUUUGGAAAGUUACAAGAAUUUAGGCUGUAGAAUGUCACUAAAGGUGCACUUCCUGCACUCACACUUGGACUUUUUUUGUGAAAACUUGGGAGAAGUGAGUGAGGAGCAUGGUGAGAAGUUCCAUCAGGACAUUGCAAAAAUGGAGAAAAGAUACCAAGGAAGAUGGGACACUGCUAUGAUGGGGAACUAUACAUGGUCACUGGUAUGUAAAGCUCAAGGAGCUCACAGUAGGAAAGCGCGUUCAUCAGUGCACUUCUAGUAGGCCUACUGUCGCUUAUAACCUUAUCACAGUCAUUCAAUGCAUUUUCUUUGCUUUAUUUAAUUUACUUUGCUUAAUUGUAAUGAAAUCCAAGAAAAAAAAUUUAUAUGCAUUUAAAU